AUGAAAGUCUUCCUAGGACUUGGCAGCCUAUUGCUGCUGGUGACGCUCGGUCACGCUUAUAACGAAAUAUGCAUUGGAGUGCCGGACGCCACCUACGUUCGCAGUCCCCAGGCGUGCUAUCUCUACUACGCCUGUAUCGAUGGACAGGCUUACGGCUAUACUUGCCCGGACGAUCUCUGGUUCUCGAUGGAACUGCAGCGAUGCGUGACGCAAGAUGAAUCCGACUGUGACAUUGAGCAGCCUCCCGAGUUGCCAGAGGGCCCUCCUAGGCCCCCAUCGCCCGAGUGCGAAAAUGUGGAAGACUUUACCUACUUGGCCAGCACCACUUCUUGUCAAUUUUAUUAUCAGUGCAUCGAUAAUUUCGCCUACCUCCUGUCUUGUCCACGAGGCUACUGGUUCAGUAUCGAGCUGGGGCGCUGCGGCAACCGAUACGAAGUUGAGUGUGGCAUUGAUGAACCCACAACAACUACAAAUGGCCCAACUACUACGAAUGGGCCAACAACUUCGGAUGGCCCAACUACUACAAAUGGGCCAACAACCUCGGAUGGCCCAACUACUACGAAUGGGCCAACAACUUCGGAUGGCCCAACUACUACAAAUGGGCCAACAACCUCGGAUGGCCCAACUACUACGAAUGGGCCAACAACUUCGGAUGGCCCAACUACUACAAAUGGGCCGACAACCUCGGAUGGCCCAACUACUACGAAUGGGCCAACAACCUCGGAUGGCCCAACUACUACAAAUGGGCCAACAACCUCGGAUGGCCCAACUACUACAAAUGGGCCAACAACCUCGGAUGGCCCAACUACUACGAAUGGGCCAACGAGUUCAACUGACCAGACGACUUCGCCUGCUCCAACAACCCCAACACCGGUCGACAACCCUUGUUUCGGGCGACCAAACUUUUCCAACGCUCCGCAUUCGGAAUGGUGUGACAUGUUUUUCUACUGUCUGAACGGUUCACCGUUCCCAAUGAUCUGCCGAGAUGGAUUUUUCUUCGAUUUAGUGACCCUAACUUGCGUCCUCGAGCAGCAAGCGCAAUGUGAUGUGAAUCCUCCGAUUCCGCCCACCGCUUCACCCGCGGUUUGCCUUGGCCAACCAGACGGACACGUCAUGGGAAGCUUUAUGUACUGCAAUCAGUACAUAACGUGCGUCGAUGAGGAGGCCUUCGUUUCGGACUGCGCGGAGGGUCAAUUCUUCGAUCGGGACCUGCUGGCGUGCGGUAGCCCGAUGGAUGCGUACUGUCCGCUAGGACCACCGACCACACCGACCCCAGACGUUUGCGGCGGUAUCGAAGACGGUGAGUACGUGGCCAGCCCUCAAAGCUGCGAAGCGUACUACGUGUGCUCUGGCGGCAUCGGGUACGUCCUUUAUUGUCCGCCCGACCUGUGGUUCGACCAGAACACUCGCGAAUGUGUGCCAGCGGAGGACGCGCUGUGCACCGUAGCGACACCCCCAACGGCCACUACGGGCUCACCCACUCCUUCCACCAUUCCGCCGCCAACGGGGCCACCGGAAACGGGCAACGUGAUAUGCAACGGCAUUCCGAACGGCAUCUAUCUGCCCAGUCCAGACGAUUGUAGUCGAUUUUACAUUUGCUUCGACGGCAACGCCUAUCCCAGCAACUGUCUCGGAGGUCUGGUGUUCAACCCGGACACGAUGCUAUGCGAUUUGGCAGAAAACGUCGAAUGUAACGUGAACUAA